GCAGGGGAAGGACAACAGGCACUAAGUAAAAGCUAAUUCCAGAACACCGGGGAAAGCAACAGAAGUCAAGAACAACUAAAUUCUUGGAAUUGCUUCUUCAGUGUGAGAACCAAUCAUGCGUCGUGGGAGACCCGUCUCAAGCAUCCUUUCAGACAUUAGCGAUGUUGACCUCGAAGGACUUGCUGAAGGAGAAUUUGAGAGACUGCAGCGACAAUUCCGUAACAUGGAAAGUGAUCGCCAGGCCUACAGCACUGAAACACAGGAUUUAAUCAGGAGACAGCUUGCUGAGAUAAAAAAACUUGAAAAGGAACGUGAUGACUUAAUACUCAACACACAACUUUCUGAAAGCCGUGUGAACCAGCUUCGUGAUCAGGAUAAGAAGGAGAACCUCCGCAGCCUACUGGAUCAGAAGGACAGGCUAGAGGAUAAGCUGACCAGGGAAAAGCAGACCAUUGCAAACCUUGAUCAAGAAAUAAAAAGUUUGGAAAAGAAAAUUUCAGAGCAAAGAAAAAGAUCUGCAGGACCUUCAGGACCAGCAAAGCAGAACCUACACUUGCAGAAGAACAUAAAAAAAAUGGAAAAUAGGUUGGAUAGGUCAUUAACCAAGUUUAAUGAUCAGCUAACAAAGAAUUCAAAACUGCGAGAGGAACUUGAUAUUUUGAAAGUUGAACGUUCCCGCUUUGAGCAGCUCUACAGGAAGCUUGAAAAGGAAAUGCAUGACACACGAAGAAUCAUUGGCUCAGUUAUAGAAACAUCUUCAGCAGCAUAUGAUGCAAGAGAUGAAGCACAAAUGAAGAUGCUGCAGCUAAAGGAGAAAGCUGAAAAGGAUCUGGCACAGCAUGCUGCUGAGAUCAAAGAACUGCAGCGAAUCAUUGAUCAUGACAGGAAGCUGAAGGAAUUUAUGGGCAUUAAAGGGCAAGAACGCUCAUCUGAUGAGGAUGAAAUGCACCAUAAACGAGAUGAAGAAGAGUCAGAGAAGAGAAAGAGAGAUUCCAAAGAGGAAACAGUUGAGUCUUAUGAACUUGCCUUUCAGAAGAUUCGGAAAGUAAUGGGAGAGGAUAAUUUGGAUGUGCUAGUCCGGAAAUUUAUUGAAGUGGAGGAUCGAAAUUUUGCUCUCUUUAAUUAUGUUAAUGAGCAGAACAGUGAAAUUGAGAUCCUGCGGGAAUCCAUCUCAGAGAUACAAGGUGAAAUUGAAACCUUCAAAUCCCAGACUUUGCAUCUGGAGAAUGAGCACAAGAAAAUCCUAAAGGAACUUGAAUUCAAGCUAAAUGAUGCUGUUCAUCAGUCCGGUCAGCAUGACAAGCAUCAGCAAAGAUGGAUGAAGAUCGUAGACCAACUCAAAGCAGGAGUUGACUCGCUGUUCAAGAAGAUUAAUUGUGAUCACUCUGUGCUGGAUGAGAUGUUAGGAGCAUCAGCUGGAAUACGAAAUAACAAUAUCAUGCAGUACAUGGGACUAAUUGAGCAGAGAACCAAUGAGAUACUGAGUAUUCAGUCAUACCUCAAUUCCAAGGAUUAUGACAAGCCAUACAAUCCUCAGGAAGCUGCCAGAUUCUUACUGGGUCAGUCAGCUGAGAUGCCAUCUUCUCACUUUUCAAUCCAACCACCGUCAACUGGAGAAGACUAUGAUAGUGAGGGUGACCUUGCCAUAACUGAUGAAGAAGAACGACCCUUAACACAAUCUGAACUACGAGAGAAAAUAAUAAAAGGGGUCCUAAAAAAGGAAGAAAAGGCUUCCAAAAAAGGUCAACACAAUGACACCACUGCUGCCAAGGAGGUGAAAGUGCACAGGAACAGCUUAUUAUCCACUCCUAGAAAACACCAAGAAAUCUAAUGCUUUACUUUCCUAAUGUUGUGGCAUCCCAUUGGAAAAGGUGGAUUUGUUCUUCCCCGAGGUUCCUAUAGCAAAAUGUAUCAUGAAAUGCAGAUGGAGUUCUGGUCUGCCAUUUAAUUGUUACAGGAUGCUGCAAGAUAUUGCAGCAGCAUGAACAUAGUAUCUUCAGUCUUAAUUUAUUUCCCUUUUUUGUUACAACAGUGUCAUUAGGAAAGCAAUAUACAAUAGAUGAAGGUAAUAGUUUUCAGCCAGAAAAAUUACAAUUAUAUGUUCAGUAUGGGUUUUGGAAUUACCUGGACAAAUAUCAGUCUUAAAUCUGAAUUAUUAGAACUUGAUGGAGGUUAAAAAUCACAUUCACUGGCUUACCCUGAAAUUUUACAGUCAUUGUGCUAAAAAAGGGAGACUUGCAUUGUGAAUUAAUUGCAACAGCAGCCCUUGACAUUCCCAGCUUUUAUUACUGACAAGAAACAUAGCAUCUAAAAUGUUCUGGUCCAUCCUUGUAUGCUGGACUACUGCUAGGACUGCAGCUUUAUUUUACAAUCACCUCGACACCACUGCAAGCUUUUCCCAGACUUUACCUCCUUCCCUUUAUAAAUAAUCCCCUGCUCUUACCCUUCUCUUCAGAUCUUGCUUGCCACUGUUCACAUUGGUUUUGGCUUUUUCACAUUUUAUUGGCAGACUUGAUAGCCUAGUAUUUACCUAUAUAUCAAUUUAAAAGAAUGAAUUAUUUAUUCUUCUGGUGAAAAAUUUUCAGUCAUUUGACUUUGUUCUGCUUACUUCUACCUAACCUAUUCUUAAGAGCCACUUUAUGUGCUCUGCAGAGUUCAACUUGUGUGGAAUUAGGCUAGGCAUUAAAGCUGCUUGAUCUUUAUUUCUCUUCUGUGAUACAUUUGGCUGUGAUUGUGUGCAUUUUUUUUUACUAUGGAAAAAUGUGUCAUUGAGGAAUGUGCAUUUGUCACCAUGUGAAAUGUGUAGUGUGCCGGUUUCUAUCUGCAGGAGCUGUGUAGUAUUUGUGACAUGUUUAAUAAAUUAAAUUUUACUUAUCCACAAAAUCAAGAAAAUUCUUAAAGAUUUAAUGUCCUGUGAUGACAGCCAGGUUCCUUCCUCCUAUAAGACUUCUCAUGAAGACAGGGAAAAAUCCCGUAAAAGCCACAAAAACAAGUAUGAAGGUGUCAAACAUGAAGAGCAUGAGAGAGCCAAAUAAUUUUCUUGACACCCCCUCCAAAGGUCCCUCAUAUGAAGGAAGCAGGAACUUCUGCGGAAUCUGGUAUGUAAAAAAAUUGCUAGUUAAAGUAAUUGAUGACCAUCCCCUUCCCACUCUGAAGAUACAGACUCAUCAGUGUGAUAAUGAAUCUUCGUUAAUGGAGAUAUCUGACAUGAGUUCUUAGUCAAAGUCCACUUUUCUCAGGUCUGUUUCUUCUUCUAGGUCCAUAGUAGUCAUCAUCUAUGAUGAGAUCACCUUGAAUUUGCUACAAGUUUAAAUGGACUAUGGCCUCCUCCCAUUCUCUCCUAUCAUGUUCAGCUGGACCAGAAAGGUUCCUUGCCAAGACCUUCUGCCUCAUUAGAUUUAGACCACCCAGCUCUCUACCUGCACUGAUACCAACCUGACUGAUUUCUCUCAAGUUGUAACCAAAAACAAAAAUAGGCAGCAAGCUGUUGAAUUCCAACCAGUUUAUUGUUAGCACUUUCGUUCAGAAAAUACAUGAACUUCUUCAGACAAAGAAACGUCAAUUUCUCAGUUAAAAUAAAACUAUCAAUUAAGAUGAGAUAAUUAAU